AUGGCUGCCUCGGGUCGUGUCUGCGCUCGGUGCGCAGUGAUUAAACAACGCUGUGAUGGCACCUCGCCGUGCUCCCGCUGCGCACGCCUUGGUCAUAUUUGUGAGCCCCAACAGCCUGGCAUACCAAAUGCAGAAGCCCAGACGCUCGCGAAUCGCCGGCCCAGAGCCUCCCGGUCCCGGGAUGGAUGUAUCUCCUGCAAAACGCGGAAGAAGAAAUGCGAUGAGAAACGACCUCGAUGUAGCGACUGUCGGCGAUUGAACCUACCAUGUUACUGGAAAACUCCCAGGGCACGGUCUCCGCCACCGGUGAUCGUCUCCCCGCUGCCGUGGCCUCCUGAAAUGCCCUUAUCCGCAGCUGCGCACGACCUCAUCCUGUCUUCCGCUUCGGAUCCAACCCCAGAGCUCGAUCCGAUCUCCCCUUCCGAUCAUCUCUUAUCAUCCGUCGGCGAUGAUCCGAUAUCGCUCUUCUCACCUUCCUGGAUCGAUGUGGAGAUGAUCCUCGGACCCGUCGCGCCACCCCCAGGCAGCGGGCUCAAUGCCCAUCUGCACAAUGAUGAAGAUCGCUGUCUCUUCAACCACUAUGUCCAAAUCGUGGCGCGAGCCCUGUCACGGUCCACGACGAACUCCACCGCCAACCCAUUUCUGGCGACUCUGCUGCCUAUGGCCGCCGCCUCGGAGACUCUCACCAGCGCCCUGUUAGGGCUGAGUGGCUGCCACUGGCGGCGCGUCUAUCCCCAAAUCUGGAACCGAGCCCUAACGCGACAAGGACGGGCCUUGUCCCAAGUCAAUAAUCUGCUCAGUCAUCGACCGAAUCGGCAAUUCUUCCUCGAAGCCUGCACCACCAUCCUCCUGCUGUGUCUCACGGAGCUGUUCGAGGGCACCUCUCGCGCUUGGAAAUGGCACCUCAAAGCGGCCGGGCGCCUCCUCGGCGCGAUCGACCGGCACCGACUUGACUCAACCAGUGAAGGGACGUUCUGUCUCCAGCUCUUCCACUACCUAGACUCCAUGUCCACCAUCUCCCGGUGCAAACCCCCGCUGUUACGGGCAGGGGAGCGCCUGAGCGACCUUACGUUGGGAUCCUCUCCCCCGUCCUACCUUCCCCCCGCUGCCAGCACAUCGUCAUCAUUAAGCUACACAAUAUCUGGACUCCCCACGAGCUUACUGGAUUCCCUCGGCCGAGUCAAUCUUCUCGCGGCGCAUCGCAGCCGACGCAUCGACGACCUCUCGGAGAUCGGCUUCCGGACCGCCGCGGCGCACGUACGCGCCCAUCUAGACAGCUGGCGCCGGGAAUACGAAGCAGCCUGCCCGGGCAGUGAAGUAGACCAUCUGGCCACGCAAGCCUUCGAAUGGGCGAUCCGCUUACGCCUGCAUCAGAUUGUCGACGGCUACGAUCCGAACCAUGCGGACGUCGAGCAGGCCGUCGCGGGAAUCGUGGCCGCGGGGCGGGCCAUCCCCUACGGCAGCCCCGUCGAGGGCAGUCUGCUCUUCCCACUGGUGAUAGCGGGAGCCAGCAGCCGCAGCAUGGACCGACGGAUGGGCAUCAAGGAGCGCCUGAUGGUGAUGGAGAACACGCUGGGCUGGGGGCAUAUUCUCCAAGCGCGGCGGCUGCUCGAAGCCAUCUGGGCGGACGACCGGGCGGACGCGAAUUGGGCCAGUGUUCGUUACAGUCUGUUUCCGGGGAUGGUGUUCGUGUGA